UUCAUUUGACCUCGUUAUAGAAAUAUUCAUCAUUCUUAAGUAUUGCCCUGAAGAAAUAUAAAAUUAAGUUUGUGACAAUGACCGAUAUAAACAAACAACAGGAUAAAAUAAGGCGACAGUAAUUCGAAUAUCGUAAAUAGAUUAGGAAGUGGAAAGUAACAAUAUAGAAAAUUCCCAGAAAUUGUUUUAGCAGAUUUAAUCAAAUGAUAGGUGAAAUAUUAGGACAGUAUUUACAGAUGAAUAUAUAUUGUUGAAAUGCAUAAUGCUUUAUUUGUAAUUUCAACCGUUAAAUUAGGUGAGUAUUAAUUACAUUGAAACAUGAUUGGAAAAACCCCAAAUUUAUAUAUCAUCAAAAGAAUGUAAAUACAACGGAAGUUAAUACACAGACGACACACAAGAAAGGUGUAUAGAUCUGAUUAAAACAAGUAUACUGGUGACAAUAUUUGUAUCAGAGAUUAUAUUCGGUAAAUGAUUUGUUCGAAAUCUUUGUUGGACACAUUAUUUAGUCUUUCUUCAUAGAUAAUUUAAAGUAGGAGAAAAUGGAAAAGGAAAAUCGGCUCAAGGGUGAGAUUAUUGCUAUGGUGCAGACUAUUCGUGGAUUGCAUAAAACUCACACAGAAAUAUUGUAUCGUAUGACAUCCAACCGCAAGGCUUGGUCUUUAAACGUAGCUGCUGCUUCGAAUAAAAUUCAAAAGCUUGAGCAACAUAUGCAAAAAGUAGAAACACAAUUGCUGGAAGAUACAAGCAAGUUAGAAGAAGUGACCAAAGAUAUAUCGAACUUGAUGAAGGAUACUAGUAGAUUAAAUGUACUUGUAGACAAUGUACGAAAUUAUGCUACUUGUGAGCGAGUUAUUGGUGAAAAAUAUGAAACUAUUUCAAACAAACCAUCAAGCAGUAUUACAAGUCAAAACAGCACAUCGAAUACGCUAGGAAAUCAUAAAUCAAGGAUAAUUUUCAUGGAAAAUAUGCUGUCGUCACCAAGCGAAUCCUCCAUCGAAGAAGCUAAUGCCUGCGUAAAGGACGAUGCCUGUUGUAGUAGUAAGACAUUAGAAAUGCAUAUCAAAAAUGAUCUCAACAAUAGUUUGAAUGACAAAACAGACAAUAAAAUAAAACAUUGUGCCACUAACAUUAACCUUGGCGAAACUCUCAACGAUCGAACCGAUGCCAAUAUGCUGAAAAGUUUGAAAAGUAUAAAUGAUGAAACAAAUAUAACGCAUCAUUCAAUAUCUGAUUUUGAAAAUCUGCAUACCAAAUGUGAUAAAAAAAAUAUUCAAAAUGAUCGCUGCAUUGAAAACGACAAAACAUCAAGAAGGCUUUCAUCUGAACAGUCACCAAUAAAAAACACUUGUGAAAAGCCUAUCAUACAAGAAUUUCAAACCAGGACACGUAAAAGGGAAAAUCGGUAUAAAAGAAAAACUAUGAAAAAACAACAUGACAAUCGUGUAAGCUAUCACAUUAAACAAGAAUGCUUUAAAGGAGCAAUUACUAAUAACGUUCCAACUAUGGACCUUCAGAAAGUAGAAUCCUUUCGGCUAAAUAUUAAACCGGAAGAAACGUCAAUGAUUUCACAAGAAAGAUUCAGUACACCAAGACGACGAGGAAGAAGAUCGCAAGAUGAAGACGGACUUUUUGAUAUUGAUCAACCAAGAACAAUCAGGGAAUGGAUACAGUAUACCAAUCAUAUAAUAGACCAUGCUUCAGCCAGAAUGAGAUCAGGACUAGUAAAAAUUGGAAGAUCGCUAGAUGUUAUUUUGGUGUUAGAUACUUCUGAACGUAUAGCAGGAUAUUUUCAAAAACUGAAAUCGAUCGCGUUACAGUAUGUUUACGGCAUCAAACAACAAUUCGAACGCACAGGCAUUGAUAAUGGAAUCGGUAUCGCCAUUUUUGGACGACAGACCAGGCUUAUUCAAGAAGCAACCAAUGAUUAUGACUUGAUUUUAGAAUUGUUAGGUAAAAUAAGACCAGAAGGGGAUGGACAUAUCAUUGGAGGACUUCUGAUGGGGUUGGCUGGUGUUGUAUCAUGUGGUGUGGGUUACUCCCAUGAUACAGCUUUACAGCCGCAUGUGAUUGUUUUCACGAAUGGAUCUUCAGAACAAAACAUGCCCUCAGUAGAUUUUGAUGACAAUCUCGUAGUUACUUUCGGAAACUUACGAGUAAAACCUGACGUCAACGGUGUUAUAGAUAUGAUAGCUUGUACAACUACAAAGAUAUUCUAUGUACCUGUUGGGGGAAAUUAUCAUAACAUCACUUUGGAAAAGGCUGUUAGGACGACGAAUGGAAAAUUGAUACCAGAUGAUGAAAUUAUUCGAUUGACUCUUAUGUCAAAAGUUUUGAAAAUGGCAAUGGACGUAGCAUCAGAAAUUAGAUAUUCCAACAAUCACAGCAGAGAAGUUAUCAGAAGAAAAAUAGUCGACACACAUAAUAUUAGUGAUAGAUAUGAUGACUGUCUAGAUAUGGUGCAAGAUUUUAUUAACCCCUUAAAGUUAGCAAACAAGCAAGGAAAAUAUGUAGAACUAAAGUGUUAUACACUAAAACUAGGAGAUAGAGUAAGACGUGGUCCUGAUUGGAUUUAUAGUGAUCAAGAUUUAGAUCUCCCAGGGACUGUCGUUGGACAAGAUCUUUGUGACAGGAUAUGGGUAGAAUGGGACCAUGGGCAACGACUAGGAUAUGUGUUUGAUGAACAUAUGAAUAGAUAUCAAAUAAGAAAAGUGAAUGAAGCCAGAAUACUAGUCAAUGAGAUGAUAGCAGUCGGUUGUAGGGUUGUUAGAGGUCACGAUUGGAAGUAUGGAGAUUUUGACGGAGGUGAGGGUUCAUUAGGAACUGUUCUUGAAGUGAAAGAUAAAAGCAAAGUGGUAGUCAGAUGGGACAGAACAAAUAAAGGCAUAUUCAAAAUUGGAUUUAAUGGACUUUUCGAGGUGAAAUUGUGCGAUGAUUUUGUAAACAAAGAGAACACAAGACGACACAUAAAGCCAAGUAACCAUAGCUUAACUAGACAACAGAAUCGCCACAAUUUGGACACAAUUGAUGAUGAUCUAUUGGACUGUGUAAUUACAUACUCCGACAUAUUAGGUUUAUAAAAAUGAUUUGGGGUACAAAUCUCUGCCUCCGAGAUUUAAAUGGUUGCUUCCUAAGAUAAUGAUAGAAAAGGUUAUUAUCCCUAUGCGUAUAACGUUUGAAUUUGUAAGGUUUUAUUAACUUCCCCCUUUUUGAAUUUACCUUGGAGUUUGAUAUUUUUGUUAAUCCAUUUUGCAAAAGUAAAGACUAAAUGUUCACAAUCUAUUAACUAUUAUUAAUGUAUAAUUUAAAUCACAUGGCAAAAUUAUUACACAGAGACCAAUGGUAUGAAGAAUAGCAGCGUUAUAAUUAUAUGUUGACAAAUUAUGCAUACCAAUUCGGUUAUAUCGACCGAUAAGUAUACAACGUUUUUUCAAAAUUUCGCAAUUGAUAUUAUGUUUUCCAAACUUUUGGUCUCGAUCGUACAAGAAAAAGGUUAUUCCAGAACCACAUGUCAUACGUUUUUUUUUUGGUUCCGAAUUACAAUUUAAAAAUCAUAAUGUUUUUCCAGUUUUUUAUGCAAGAAAAUGAGGGUUAACAUCAAUGUAACAUGGGACAAUAUGUAAACACAUACACACACCUACAUGUCCAAAGAAUAACACACUUCAGCAUUAAACUUAGUGCCUACACAAUAUGUCAGCUCUAAUUGCUCCUAUUCUUAACAGACUAAAGUAG